AUGGCUUGCGGAAAAGGAAGUUUGUUAGCCAUCGGUACACUGCUGCUCGUCUGCAGUUGGUUGGAAUGGGCCGAAAGUCGCAGUGCCAUGGCGCCUAGCCUGGAGGUGGGCCGAAAGUUGCGUGAAUCCCGGGCAGCUGGCCGAGUUGCGGCCAAACCGGGCGGCAAGGUGUACAGACCGCCCAAGGCGUGGGAGAUGGGAUUGGGCGUGUAUAAGGAGGGCGACAUCAUGGAGAGGGCUCCACGUCAGGGGAACGGUGUUUCUACUUCUGUCUACAAGAAUGCCCGCUGGCCGAAUGCGGUGAUACCGUACGUCAUUUCCGGCACAUUCACUGCCGCUCAGCAAACGAUCAUUCAACAGGGUAUGGCUCAAAUCGCUGCCGCUACGUGCGUCCGGUUCGUGCCACGCUCGUCCGAAGCACUCUACGUGACGAUUGGUAACGGAGAUUCUGGCUGCUGGUCGUACGUGGGUCGCAGUACACUCAACAGCGAGAACCAGGUUAACCUGCAGAGCCCCGAGUGCGUGGACAUCGGUACGGUGGUGCACGAGCUGAUGCACGCGACCGGCUUCUAUCACGAGUUUACGCGCCCGGACCGCGAUGAGUACGUGACGAUCGACCGUACCGCACUGGCGCAGGAAUAUCAGACGGACAUAUUCUUCCAAGACAACUACGCUAAGAAGGCCUCCAACGAGGUGGAUUUGUAUGGCCAACCGUACGAUUACGGUAGCGUUAUGCACUACUCGAAGUAUGCGGCAGCUGCCAGCCGGUUAAAGCCGGUCAUGAACAAUCUCAAACCCUGGACCGGUGACUUUGGCAAUGAUAACGGGCUAUCGCCCGCGGACAUUAUCGAUAUCAAUUACAUGUACUGCAACGGUACUACUACUAGCACUGCGCAGCCUAGAACCACCACUACCAGCACGACCACUGCCCGGUCGGUAACUACUACGACGACCACGACUACCAGACCCGUGACUACGACGACCAAGACUACCACAACCACUAGGGCUCCAACCACUACCACCACGGUACGGACAUUCCCAACCCUUUUUCCAGACCGUACGGGCAUCUUCACAACGUUCAUUCAGGCGCCAUUGACUCGGUUCCUUGAGUUGCUCCGAUCGCUUCCACUGUUUAAUCUGUUCAGCAUUGGAUGA